UUGGCAUAAUCCACCAACUUUUGCUGGUAUUAAUUGCUCCGUACUUUGCGUUCAGUAUAACAACAGUUCACUAAUGUACACUUCUUGAGCCUCUUCACCUUCGACGUGAACCGACACUUUGCCGGUCAACAUGGCGGAGGAUUUUGUCAGGGCCGUUGACCUCGGCCUCCAGCUCUCUAAGAGAAUUUACUACGGGAAGGAGCCGCCGAAGCCACAGUGGAUGGAGAAGGAGGCGCCGGCGGCGGAGUCUAACUUAUUGCCGACGGCGCCUAUGAUGUACGCCGUGAUUAGGGACCCGGCGGUUGUGGAUAACCCGGACAUCCCGAGCUACCAGCCGUACGUGCACGGCCGGUGCGUGCCGCCGGCGUUGAUUCCGCUUGAAAUGCACGCGGUGGCGAUGGAGGUGGACGUUUGUCUGGACACGGCGUUCGUGACGGUCAACGGCGCAUGGCGGUUGCACUGCGUCUCUGCUAGCAGAAGCUGCGAAUGUAGGAUUGCUGUACCAAUGGGAGAGCAGGGUUCAGUUCUAGGUGUAGCAAUUGAAACCACAUCAAGAUCAUUUCUCACUGAACUGAUUGCUCCUGAUGAGACCGAUGAUCCCGGUAAACUAGCCAAUGCUAAAGAAGGGUUCUUGCUAAAACCACAUAUAUACACAUUAAAGGUUCCCCAGGUUCCUGGAGGAUCUGUUUUAUCUGUUGAAGCUCGUUGGUCCCAGAAAGUCUCGUAUCACGAUGGUCAGCUUUGCUUGACUAUACCUUUCAGCUUUCCUGUAAAUGUCAACCCUGUUGGAAAAAAGAGGAAAAAAGAAGAAAUAAGUUUGAAUGUGAACUCUGGCGUUGGAAAUGUGGUUUGUUACCAAAGUGCUAGCCACCCCUUAGUGGAAAAGAAGAGCGUUACUGGGAAUAUCAGUCUCAUGUAUGAGAGUGAAGUGGCUAUGUGGUCCAGAAAUGACUUCAGAUUUUCAUAUACAGUAAAUGGUUCUGGUGGUCUGCUCGUGAGGUCUCCUUCUCGGCUUGAUUCUGAUCAGAGGAAUAUGUUUUGCUUAUAUCUUCACCCUCCUCAUGAUAUCCCAAAAAAGCUUUUCAAGAAUGAAAUUGUAUAUGUUGUUGACACAAGCGGAAGCAUGCACGGAGGGCCAAUAGAGAACGUGAAAACUUCGUUGUUGUCUGCUUUAUGUAAGCUUGGUCCAGAAGAUACUUUUAACAUUAUUGCUUUCAAUGGCAUGAGCUUAUCGUUCUCAUCAAAGAUGGAGCUAGCAACAAAGGAAACAAUUGAAAAUGCAGCCCAAUGGAUAAACAUAAAUUUUGUAGCCAAUGGAAGCACUUGUUUUUUACCUGCUCUAGAUCAGGCAAUAAAGGUGGUUUCUAAGUGCAGUCAUUCAAUUCCAAUUAUUUUUAUUAUAACUGAUGGGGCUGUUGAAGAUGAACGAGAAAUCUGUGAAGUCAUAAGAGACAAUCUAACAAAAGUAGGCUCAAACAGUCCUCGGAUAUGCACAUUUGGCAUUGGGUAUUAUUGCAAUCACUACUUUUUACAAAUGGUUGCAAGUAUUGGAAGGGGUUAUCAUGAUGCUGCAUAUGAUAUAGAAACUAUCUGUCCCAGGCUGGAAAGACUCUUUGAAAGUUCAUCAUCAGCUAUCCUUGUUGAUAUAAAAGUUGAUGCUCUGCAAUAUCUUGAUUCAGUUGAGCUAUACCCAAAUUGUUUUCCAGACCUGCUGUACGAAAGGCCAUUAAUGAUAUAUGGGAGAUACUAUGGGAACUUCCCCGAGAAUGUCAAAGUUAAGGGCACUUUGGCUGAUCUGAGGGAUUUUGAGAUUGGUGUGAAAGUGCGCAAAGUGAAGGAUAUGCCUCUUGAAAGAGUAUUUGCGGGGAGACAGAUCAAAACGCUGACAGCUCAGGCGUGGUUGACCAGAAGGAAAGAACUUCAGAAUAAGGUUGUGAAGCUGAGCUUGAUAUCAGGCGUACCUUCGGAAUACACCAGAAUGGUUCUAGUUGAGAGUGACAAAAGAAAGCAAAUUUCCAAACCAGAGACACUCAAAGAGGCGAUGAGGAGUGAAUCGAAUGUGAAGAAUAUGGUAUACCUCCGAGAAAUUGGGGUUGGAUUCGGAAACAUUAAGGCGACAAUCGAGAAUCUCCCCUCUGGAGCUAUCCAGCGGAAAUUGAGCGACGCCGCCGUACUGGGCGCCGCCGCGGCAAGCUGUUGCAAUAAGGUGAUCGGCCGUUGUUGUUGCAUCUGUUUGCUUCACUUCUGCUCCAAGCUGAGUGAUCGUUGUAUGAUUUCCUUCACGCAACUCUGCACUGCACUUGCCUGCUUCGAGUGCCUUAAUGUGUGCAGUGAUCUUUGUGACUUGUAAAAUGUUGUCUCACUUUUUUCAAUUAACGUAUCUAGUGAAAUAAUGUUCAAAAUAAGAACAAAUAUAGCACAUAGUUCAUUAAAUUCUACAAAAUUGAUUUUUAUUGCGC